CCAACCAACUGUCAACGAGCUUCAAGUGCAGGCCAUUUGAACCGCCGGGUCAGACCGUUCUUGCCUAUUUCCCUUCUUUAUUCAUAUCUUGAUUUGUAUUUCCUGUUACAUUCUUGUCUCCCAAUUGCCCUCGUAUCUCAUAAUGGCUCCCAAAAAGGACGGUCAAUCGGCCAAGGCGACUGGCGCGCCUGAAGGCUUCACGCCAGAACGGUUUGAAAAGGAACUCAAGGAACUUGCGACCAAGGCCAAGGAAGAUACUUUUGCGAAGCGGUUCAUGGGUCAAGCGCUUGUUUACUUCCAGACUCUUUUGCUUCUCGGUUUGUUAGGUGUCGCGUCGAGCGCGUCGCAGCUCAACCUGUCCCCUAUCUUUGGGUCCAUCCCUUCUGCUGUCACGCACACAACUGCGCUCAAGGCGGCUUGCUUUAUCGGUUGGGCCGGCAAUUUGAUGCUCCGCAUGGCUCUUCCUAUGUCGACUUCUCAGCUUCUCCCAGUCAUCGCCCUUAAUAUCCCGGCUAUCCAGUUUCUUCUCGGGACCUUCACUGACCGUCUUGGCUCUUGGUGGGGUCCUCUCAUUAUCGAGGGUUUCACCUUGUUCCCCCUGGCCAUCGUUUCGGCAGCCUCCGUGGCCGAUGUUCUUGAGGACGCUGACCUGAGCGCACUGCCCAAAUUCGUCGCAGAUGCGGCGCCUGGCAUUGUCUCGUGGGGUCUGUUUAGACUUGCUGAGAACCAGUCCAUGGAAAAGCUGCAGGGUGUUGUUGGGAGUACCUUUGUGUUUACUCGUGUGGGUAUUGAGCUUGUCUUGGGAGCCAUUUAUGCUAUUAUGGCACCAUCCAAGUAUCUCGUUUUGGCUAUCCCUGCGCUAUUACACACGGCAGUCUUAAACACCCACGUUAUGACACCCAUGGCUACCGAAGCUCUUAACAGUACCUUGACAGCUCAGAAUUGGACACUGUUGGAGCGCCGCGAAUCGUUGACUGGCUAUGUGUCAGUCAUCGAGAGCCUGGAGAGAGGUUAUCGUGUAAUGCGCUGUGAUCAUAGUCUUCUUGGAGGUCAGUGGGUUCAGCUCAAUGGUCGAAGAGUAUCCGAGCCGAUUUACGGUGUUUUUGUCAUGCUCGAAGCUGUCCGUCUUGUUGAGCGGGAGGCUCCCCUGCCUGACAGCGAAGCUAGCGCCCUUGUUAUUGGCCUUGGUAUUGGAACUACCCCUUCUGCCUUUGUUUCUCACGGCAUUGACACUACCGUGGUUGAGAUUGAUCCAGUGGUUUAUGAGUUCGCUCAAAAAUACUUUGAUCUUCGGGAGAACAACCCUGCUGCCGUCGCCGAUGCUGUCUCUUAUACAGCUGACUUGGUGAAGCAAUCCAAGACCUAUGACUACAUUGUUCACGAUGUGUUCACUGGUGGUGCUGAGCCUGUUGACCUCUUUACUCUCGAGUUCCUCCAAGGAUUGGGAGACUUGCUGAAGGAUGAUGGAGUCAUUGCUAUUAACUAUGCUGGUGACUUUGGCCUUCCUACACCUCAGCUCAUCUACCGCACCAUCAAGAAGGUUUUCCCCUCCUGCCGUAUCUUCCGUGAGAGCCCACGAGAUGAGGCCAACGUCGAGAAGUGGGGAAGCGACUUCACCAACAUGGUCAUCUUCUGCCGCAAGACCCCCAGAGAGGUCACCUUCCGCAAUCCCAAGCAAAAGGAUUUUCUCCGAAGCCAAGUUCGGCAGGCUUUGCUAUUGCCCAAGUAUGAGAUUAAGGAGCAGGUCUUCCUUGAAGAUGAGGCUACGGAUGUCCUCAACAAGAACGAAACGAGCAAGGUUACCAAGUGGCACCAGGACAGCGCUGCUGGACACUGGAAGAUCAUGCGAUCUGUGCUACCUGGAACGAUCUGGGAGCAGUGGUAGACACAUAUCUAUGUUGUAUAUGUUCUGAUUGCACAUAUUUCGUAUCAUUGUGUAUAUUUCUACUUAGAUGCCUUUUUAGGUACAACUUGUUCCUGGAUAUAUCACAUAAUAGACAUUUGAAUUGUCCAC